AUGACGCCGCCACGAAGCAUACAUGAAGUCCAGAAGCUCAACGGCCGGAUCACGGCUCUAGGUCGGUUCAUGUCCUGCUCGGCAAAACGAUGUCUACCUUUCUUCAAAACCCUGAAACAGAUCAAGAACUUCACAUGGACAGCAGAAUGCCAGCAGGCGUUUGAGGAAUUGAAAAGCUUCCUAUCCUCACCCCCACUUUUGGCGAGACCAGAUCCGGGCGACGUGUUAUAUUUAUACAUCUCUUGCUCUGACGAAACAAUAGCAGGAGUAUUGGUAUCGGAAAAAGGAGGAGAACAAUACCCGAUCUACUACAUUAGCAAAGUGCUCAGAGAUGCGGAGCUAAGAUACCCGAAGUUGGAAAAGCUGGCGCUGUGCGUAUACACCGCCACCAUCAAGCUCCGACAUUACUUCGAAGGACACCAAGUCAUUGUACGGACCGACCAACCAUUACGAAAAAUCCUCCAGAAGGCGGAGACAAGUGGACGCAUAGCAGAAUGGGCCGUCAAAAUAGGAAGCCUGGGCGUUAUCUAUGAAGCUCGAAAAGCACUGAAAGCUCAAGCACUAGCCGACUUCUUUGCAGAAUUAACAUUCAAAGAACCCAUGGAGGACAAAACGACUCCCUGGGAGAUACACGUCGAUGGAGCAGUUUGCGGAGAAGGAGCGGGUAUCGGAGUCGUACUCAAAGGACCAGGAAGAAUCCAAAUGGAAUAUUCAGCAAGACUCGAAUUUCCAGCUUCCAACAAUGUUGCGGAAUAUGAGGCGCUGAUAACAGGGUUGCAAUUAUGCGAAGAACUCAAUAUCUCCGAAGUCCAGAUCUAUAGUGAUUCACAGCUGGUCGUGAACCAAGUCUCAGGGAACUUCGAAGUAAAAGAAGCUACAUUGAAGAAAUACGCCAAGCAAGCCAAAACCUUCUUUGGCGAUAAUGGGCGAUCCUGGUCGUUACAGCAAAUACCCAGAGCAAUGAAUGGAAGAUCAGACGAAUUGGCAAAGUGGGCAGCAACAAAGAAUUACGACUCAAUGAGAAACAUCCCUCAUGAAAUCAAACGACAGCCUAGCUUUCAAGAAGAAAUUGAAGAAGGCGAAGUACUGAUGGUAGAAGGGGAAGAAACCUGGAUGACCCCCCUCACAGCAUACCUGGCUAAUGGAAUACUCCCCGAGGAUAAAAAGGAAGCCAAAAGAAUAGUGGUACUAUCAUCAAAGUUCGGAAUAUACAACGGCCGGCUGUACAAACGGUCAUUCACCCAUCCCUGGCUGAGAUGUGUGAACAAAGAAGAAGGAGAGUACAUCAUGAAAGAAUUACAUGAGGGGACCUGCGGAGCUCAUGACGGAGCAUCAACACUGGUCAGGAAAGCACUGCUACAAGGCUAUUAUUGGCCCACGAUGAAAGAACAAGCUACAACGCUAGUAAGGGGAUGCUGGCCUUGCCAGCAACAUGCCUUGGUACCAAGAAAGCAAGCUUCAGAAAUGAAACCCAUCGGCAGUGCAUGGCCGUUCGCCCAGUGGGGUAUGGACAUCCUGGGACCUCUCCCUUUGGCCACAGGACAACGGAAAUUCCUGGUAGUGGCAAUUGACCACUUCACCAAGUGGAUAGAGUUCGACUCAGCAAAGUUUAGAAAGUUUUGUGCCGAGUAUCAGAUCGACCUAAGGUUCACUUCGGUUUACCAUCCACAAUCAAAUGGGCAAACCGAAGUGGCCAACAGAAUCCUACUGGCCGGACUAAAAAGAAGACUAGACGAGUGCAAAGGAAGAUGGGUAGAAGAACUCUACAGCGUCAUAUGGAACUACCGUACCACCCCAAGAGAAUCAACGGGCGAAACUUCGUUCGCCCUAGCCUAUGGAACGGAGGCUGUAAUUCCUGUAGAGAUCGGCGCACCCACGCCAAGGACAGAAGACAACCAACUAAACCUAGAAGAAAACGAGGAAGAGCUCAGGAACAAUCUGGAUCUCCUGGUUGAAAAAAUCAACAGAUCAGACAUCAGGAUGGAAGCCUACAGACAAAAGAUGGCCAAACAUUUCAACAGCCAUGUGAAGAAAAGAAAGUUCGAAUUAGGCGACCUCGUCAUGAGAAAGACCGAAGUCAAAAAAGGAGAAGCAGGGACCGGAAAGCUGCAACCAAAUUGGGAAGGACCUUACACCAUCAGCGAGGUCAUUAAAGAAGGAACAUUCAAACUCACCAACUCCAUGGGAAUAACCAUACCCAGAACAUGGAACGCCAACAACUUAAGGAAAAUUUAG